AUGGCGACGUCGAUGCCGAUGCAGAGCCAACACUCCAAGAAGUCAAAGACGUUGUCAAGAAAGCAAGAGUGCUCUGCUCCUGGCCCAAGUGGUAUUCCAUACAAGGUCUACAAGAAAUGCCCAAAGCUGCUGAGAAGACUUUGGCUCCUCCUUAGAGCUGUAUGGAAGAAAGGCUCGGUUCCUGAAUGCUGGCAGGCAGCAGAGGGCUGUUUUGCCCCUAAAGAGAAAGACUCAAAGAAUGUCAAGCAAUUUCGAACCAUCUCACUUCUCAGUGUCGAAGGGAAGAUAUUUUUCUCUAUCUUGGCAAGACGGCUUACCAUAUACAUGACCACCAACACCUACAUUGAUACAUCAGUACAGAAGGGUGGCAUCCCUGGAUUCUCAGGGUGUGUUGAACACACAAGUGCCCUCACUCAACUGCUUCACGAGGCUAGAAUAAACAAGAAGAACCUGACGAUUGUGUGGCUAGACCUCGCCAACGCCUAUGGCUCCAUCCCCCACCAGCUAAUCCAAGAAGCACUACAGCAUUACCAUGUACCGGAGCAUGCAAGAAGCCUCAUACAGAGCUACUACAGCAAUAUCCACCUCAGGUUCUCAUGCAAGAGCUUCACAACAUCUUGGAUAUCGCUCAAAAAGGGUAUAGUCACAGGCUGUUCUAUUUCCGUGAUUCUCUUUGUUAUGGGAAUGAAUAUGAUCCUGAGAGCAGGGGAAAGAGAAACACGAGGGCCACUUACCAACGCAGGCAUCCGUCUACCAGCAAACAGAGGAUUCAUGGAUGAUCUCACCAUCACCACAGAAACCCAUAUCCAAGCUAGAUGGAUCCUGAAAGCCCUAGAUGAGACUGUGACAUGGGCAAGAAUGGUUUUUAAGCCAAAGAAGUCCAGGUGUCUGGUAGUAAAGAAGGCAAAGGUCACGACACAGUUCAAGUUAUUCAUCCAAGGCGAGGAAAUCCCAUCAUUGGUAGAUAACCCAAUCAAGUGCCUAGGUAAAUGGUUUGAUUCUACACUCUCAGACAAGAGCAGCAAAGGAAGAAUCCGGCAGCAGAACUACCAGGGAAGUUCAAGCCCUGGAUCUAUCAGCACGGUCUACUACCAAGGCUUGUUUGGCCACUGA